AUGGGCAAGAAGGACGGCUCCGGGAACGGACCGGUGGCAGAGACGCAACGGUGGCAAGUUCAUGGACAUCUGGUGGUCUAUGUGGACGACAUGAUGGUCUGCGGCCCGGACACCGUGGUUCAAGGGUGCCUGGAUCGCAUUGCCAGCGAAUGGUCGUGUAGCCCUCCGGAGUGGGUCGGCAGGCAAGAUUGGACCAAGUUUUGCGGCUUCGAGCUGCGAUGGGCCGACGGAGGACUUCUCCUGGGACAACCUUCGUACAUAGGCGAGUUGGUUCAUCGGCAUGGAGUGCAGCAGUCCCGACCGGUGCCGUUCUCAAAGCCGGAGGUACCCGAAUCCCUGGAGGUUAAUGCCGUGGACAUCAAGGAGGCACAGGGCCUGGUGGGGGAAUUGCUGUGGCUUUCGGUGAGAACGAGAGCUGACAUCUCCUUCGGGGUUUCUUGGAUGGCCCAACACAUCACGAAGUGUCCACAACUGGUGGUGAAGGCGGCGAUGGAGAUGAUUGGGUACCUACGAGGCACACAGUCACUCGGGCUAUGCUACGCCAGGUGCGUUGGAGGUAGAGGACCGGAUGGGGCUCUGCCGUUCGCUCACGCGAUGAAUCGGAUUGAGCUCUACGCGGAUGUCUCUUACGCCCCUGGGGGAGGACGAAGUCAUCAGGGUGUGAUGGCGUACUACGGAGGAGCCCUGGUGCAAUGGCUUUCGGUAAGGCAGGCCUUCACAACCUUGAGCACUGCGGAAGCGGAGCUGGUGGGCUACCUGGAGGCCAUGACGAUGGGUCAAUCAGUGGCGGUGGUGCUGGGAGUCCUCGAAGGAGGUGCCUGGGACGACCUCAUUAUUGAUGUGACUCGUCGGCUGGAGAUGGACGGACAGGAGAAACUAUAUGGGGGAAUCCGAGCACAAGCGGGAGCUUCUCGAGGUGGCGAUCCUGGAGAACUAGACGGGCACGAAGGGGAUCUACCUGCGGCGGAUCGGGAAGGUGCGGGAGAUCUCCCACGUGAAGAUCGGGGGGAGCAUGGGCCUUUGGAGGGCCGAGGUGGAAGCUUCGUGGUCUAUGGAGACAACUCCAGUGCGAUCACGAUAAUUGAAAGUGCAGAUGGGCCUUGGCGUACAAGGCAUCUUCGGCUGAGAGCCGAAGUUUUACGAGAAAAAGUGAAAUGCGGGCGGUGGGCGGUGAGACACCUUCCGGGUACGAGAUUGGUAGCAGACUACCUCACGAAGGCGAUGACGGCAAAGGCGCAGUGGCCCAAGUUCUACGAGCUGGCAGGCAUGAUCAUGGCGGAACCGGACGAGGUGGAACCACCAGCCGAGAACAUAGCCCCGCAGAACCUGAGCAAAUUGAAGCUUGCGGGCCUGGCGUUGGUCAUGGGGAAGGUGGUCAACUGGAUCCCAGACCAAGCCGAGGACGUGAUGGUGAAGAAUCUGUGCCUGGCUGCCUUGGGCGGCUGCCCCGAUAGGGAGGAAGUUUCCACGGGCGGCCAGCCAUGGUUCUUCGAACGUAGGGUCGAAAGGCCCCCUGAUGAUGACCCGAGAUUUUCCAUAGAGGAGGAGCCCGAAGACUUCUGGGACGUGGAGGUCAACGAGAGGGAGAUGGUAAUGACGCGCAUUCACAUGCUGCCACGGCAUGGGGACUAUCAACCUCGAGCCGAUGCCCUUCCUCCCGGAGCUUCGAUGGAGAGGCUGGAGCAAAGGCGGCAGACGAACAUCGUCUACGAGGACAUGGAUCUGGGGCGCCGGGUCAUCACGGACAGAUGGAGCGAGGAGGCCUUCAGGUUCAGGAAUGCGUGGAGAGGGGCGACCACGUUCUGGAUGCCAUUGGAAGGAGAGGUCAGGGAGGGGGACGCCGCAGUCCCUCAAGUUCGAGAUGCUGACCGAAGAGGUGGUUCGCGGACGAGGUCUUUGGCCCCGAAUGGGGAGGUGGAACUCUCGAGGCCGGUGCGGCCGCGUCUUCAAGCGUUGCGGGUUCGGGAGGUGAAGGUCAUGAAGGCAGAAAACCUAACCCUGGGGCCUGCUGGAGCUGGAGGUGAUGAUCCGGGUGGAGAUUGGCAGCCGUCGAUCGAAGAAGAUCCGGAAGAUCACUGGGAAGUGGAAUUCCUGCCGGGAAACCUGAUUAUGGCGACAAGGAUUCAUGUGGUGGAGAGGAUCCGCUCUUAUGAGCCGGACCGCCGGGACGUGCCGGUCGGCGUAUUCUUGGAAGACUUCCUGGACAGAAGAGAGUCCUUCAUCAACCCGGUGAACCACAGGGAGGAUACACCCCGUGGGGUAUGGGGCGAGGUCGUCGAUGAUAAUUGGCGGCGGGACCGGUGGCUGAGAGAAGGCUGGACGGGAAGCUCGCGAUUUUGGGUGAGGCCGCGGAGGAGGGAGAUCAUUUUCGAGGUUCGACCUUUGACCGACCAGGAGCGUCAGGACGAGAUGGACCACGAUGACACCGGGGACCCGGGGGCAUCUGGCAGCGGGGGCGCUUCAAGUUCAGGGGCGACCGCAUCGAUGAUGGGAUCGGCUACCAGGCCUGCGGAUACCUCAGCGACGGGAGAUCAGAAGAGGCCGAGGACCUCGAGGUGUGUGGAGAAGAAGGAGUCCUACGUGCUCUACGCCGUGGAGAAGGAUUUCCGGCGAAGAAUGUUCAUCUUGGUGGUGAUUUUCAGCAUGACUGUGGGGACGUGCGCUCAAAAUCAGGAAGAGCGAGAGGAGGAUCAGAUGCUGUGGUGGAUCAUUCUCAUCACGGCAUUGCUUGCGGGCGCCUUGAGUGAUCCGGCGAGGAUGGCGUACUUCAAGAAUAUGGCGGUGCAAUCAUGGAAGAGGACAUCCCGAGCAUGCCUUGCGAGAUGUGGCCUCAUGGGCAACGUGAAGGACAGGGCGAAGAUGAAGAUCGUCCUGUUGAAGGAGGAGCAAAGCCGUUUGGGAGGGCGAGCUGUGGACAUGGAGAUGGUCGCCCGGGUUCUAGCGGAGGAGAUGAUCGUCUAG